AUGGACGAUACAAUGGAGAAAGUGGCAUCCAAGACCAGCAAGAGGCGUCAGUCGACAGCUACUCAUGACUCGGCACCCCAGGCUGGUGAUACUGAGCUGCUAGCGACACUCGGGUAUAAGCAGGAAUUGCGGCGUCAUUAUUCGACGCUUCAGAUCUUUGCUGUCGCGUUUAGUAUUAUGGGACUUUUGCCUUCUAUUGCGACUACGUUGGCGUUUUCAAUGCCUGCUGGUCCGGUGGGAAUGGUUUGGGCCGAUCUUGCAUCCGCAAUGCCCACAGCAGGUGGUCUCUACUUCUGGACACAUUACUUCGCAUCCGAGAAAUGGAAGAACCCGCUCAGUUUCCUCGUCGGAUAUAGCAAUACCCUCGGCUUAAUCGGAGGCAUCUGCUCCAUUGACUAUGGUUUCGCCAACAUGCUCCUCUCAGUAAUCUCCCUCGCCCGCGACGGCAACUGGUCCGCAACACGACCAAUCAUCUACGGCACAUACGUAGCAACAGUCGUCUCCCACGGCUUCAUCGCAAUCUUCUUUGCCCGCAUCAUGCCGAAAAUCCAAUCUGCCUGUAUCUUCCUCAACAUCGCCCUCGUGCUAGCAACCCCCCCAGUCAACCCAGGAUCGUAUGUCUUCGGCGAAAUCCAGAAUUCCACUGCCUGGCCCACCGGCUGGGCAUUCAUCAUGGCGUGGCUAUCGCCCAUCUGGACUAUUGGCGCUUUUGAUUCUUGCGUGCAUAUGAGUGAGGAGGCGACGCAUGCUGCGCGCGCUGUGCCGUUGGGGAUUAUCUCUUCUGUUGGGUUAUGUGGUAUUCUUGGGUUUGUUUCGUUGGCAGUUAUUGCGGCUUCGAUGGAUAGGAAUAUUGAGGGGAUUUUGGGCUCGAAGUUUGGUCAGCCAAUGACUCAGAUCUACUACGAUGCCCUCGGCAAAAAAGGAGCUCUUGGUUUCAUGUCGGUUGUAAUGAUCGUACAAUUCUUCAUGGGAUUGAGCAUUGUCCUAGCCGCCUCCCGCCAGACCUGGGCUUUCUCCCGCGACAACGCCCUUCCCCUAUCCUCCUUCUUCCGCAAAGUAAGCCAACGCAAAUCCAUGCGCUACCAGCCCGUCCGCAUGGUAUGCGGUGUGGUCCUAUCAUCAGUAAUCAUCGGCCUUCUCUGUCUAAUCGACGAAGCUGCCGCCAACGCCCUCUUCUCGCUCGCCGUAGCCGGAAAUGACCUCGCCUGGCUAACACCGAUCCUGGCGCGUCUGGUCUGGGGCGGUGAUCGUUUCAUCCCCGGUGAGUUCUAUACCGGUAAGUAUCUCAGUAAGCCUAUUGGCUGGGUUGCGGUCAUCUAUAUGGUGUUCGUUAUUGUUCUUAGUAUGAUUCCUUCCGGAGGGCCGAAUCCGUCGGGUGAGUUGCUCUAUAAUAUACUAUCCAUGGGUGCUUUUACUGACUUGAUGUUUGAAGCGCAAACUAUGAACUAUACGAUUGUUAUUAAUGGGAGCCUUUGGGUUGGGGCGUUGAUUUAUUAUUAUCUUCAUGCUAGGAAGACGUUUAAGGGACCUAUGACUAAUAUUAGUCCGGAGGAUGAGGGAAUGGCCUUGGAGAAGGAUUCUAAGAGAUAG